CAGAUGAGAGGAACUGAGAAGGUUUGGACUACAAGAACACAUCAUCAAGAUGAAGAUUACUAUAGCAGUGGCCAUUGUCUUGGCUUUUAUGCAAGUUUGGUUAUUGGUGGCUACAGCAGCAGUUUCACCUGAUCCGGGACUGACGUGUAACUCCUGCUGCCAGGGCCCAGCCGGUAUACCGGGAAUCCCCGGAUCUAAUGGAAACCAUGGUCAAGGACUUGUAGGCCCGAGAGGUGAUGCAGGCUCCCCUGGUGAGGUAGGUCAACCCGGGGCUAAAGGAGACAAGGGGUCAAAUGGACUGGAUGGUGAGCCAGGCGCUAAAGGUGAUCAUGGACUGCAGGGAGAUCAAGGAGUCGGUCAACCAGGGAAACAAGGACCUCAAGGUCUGCCUGGGAUGAAUGGUCUGAAGGGGGAGAGAGGUGAACCUGGACCAGCUGGACAGACUGGUGAAGCAGGUGAAUGUAGUACGCGACGGUCUGCCUUCACUGCAGUGAGGAAUAGCCCCUUCAGCCCCCCAUCCUAUUGGGAUCUUCUGCCCUUUGAAGAGUUAUUGUUUUCCGAGGAAGGGACUGAUUUCAACUUGAAUAACGGCACGUUUACGUGUAAUGUGCCUGGGGUAUACGUAUUGAUGUUCUCAGUCUAUACAUCAUCAGGUGGGUCUUACCUAUAUGUCCAGCUGAGGAAGAACGGUAACACCAUUGUUACAGGGAGUGUAUACGAUGCAGGUUCUCAUCAAGUGAGCAGCAGUGCAGUGAUUCCCCUGCACUAUGGAGAUCAAGUUCACUUAGCUGUACGCGGUUCAGUAUGGAGUAGCUCUAACCAUUACACGUCUUUUACUGGAUUCCUGCUGUACGAAAUCUAAAUCAAACAUAAAAACACACGGAAACGUUUAAAUGUUUUAUAUAACGCUUUAUGUGUUUCGAAAUACAAUAAUCACCUAGUUAAUUGUGUUUAGAUGGGGCAGUUUGUUUAGAUGAAUAUAAUAAAUAAACAGUUGUUUUAAUGCACGUAGGACAAUUAGUUUGAUUAAAAACGUUAUGUUUUAGAGCGUGGUAUUGCAAACGUGUUUAUUGUGGCGAAAACAUUAAAAUGUGUUGUUUUUUCUGUCACGUUAAAAGUGCGAUAAAUAUCAGUUCAUCUUUUUUUUUUUUUUUUUAAUCACAUCUUCGGGAAAAUUUUAUAUUUCUACUGUAAUUCCGAGGGUGCAAUGAUGAGUCUUUUAAACGACUCUGCGACAUUCAUUUUCCAAAAUGAAACUACGCAAUAAAAAACCGACAGUUUAGUUAAUAGUAUAUAAAAACAACUGUAACUUUAUAUUCCUUGAUGGAAUUCAUUAUGGCCGCCGGUUAUGCCUGCAAUUUUUAUUCAAACAUUUUAAAUUGGUGGAAAAGGCUGUACCCUGUUGAAGCAACAAAAUACAAAUAAUUCACAUAACAACUGGUAACAGUUGUCUUAUGUUGAUAUCUUAUGAUAUUAAACAAAAUAAUGAUAACUUCUGAUCAAAAGGUCAUAGCGUUUUAAAGUUCCUGGAAAACAUUUCUUUUGUGUCUUCCUUUCCCGAACACGUCUCGAUAUUGUGAAACAUAUAACUCUUCCUCGUAGUUUUGCGUGAGUUUGUUUUUAAAAGAGAGAGCACCUUUUGAAUGCAGAUGAAACAUUGGGUAUUCGUUUUGAACAACCUUUGUAUAAAACGUUUGAUGAUGUCACAAUUACUUGUUAAAGAGGGGAUGCACAUUUCUGUACGGCGAUUGGUUUAACCGUCAAAACGGCAUGAAACCAAUCUUGCUGUAUCAAGAAGGUUUACCAACAAAAAAAAAGCACAAUCUUACUGUGAAUUUGGAAAAUACAAUUUUCCUCAUGAGCUGGUUACACAAUAUUGCAUUUUAUUUUGAUCUCCCUUACUACAUAAAAGUGUCGUUGGCAGUAAAAUUAAACAAAAAACAUUAGAGGUCCUCGAAACCAUUUGUGUUUAAUGUUUGCAUUAACGUUAGAAUACAUGAGAUAAUAAUUGAUACAUAUAUUGCUACAAAUCAUUAUUUCUCAACAAACUAUUAAUCAUUAUUUUAGUGUACUAACGUUAAGAUAUAUAUCAUAGUUCUAUAAAUAGUGUAUUUUGUUUGUUUAAAUAAGUACAUUUAUAGUAAUAAACAGUGACGUAGUAUCAA